UCCAUCAUAAUUAUUUUUGGCUUUAAACUUGUUGGGGUGAUUGUAUUGAUAGGAUGAUUCCAGUGAGAGUAUCGCGUUCGUACUCGUGUCCUUGCAUUGUUUGCCGGCCUUGCCCUCCUUCGCGCCUAUUAGGACAAUCAUGACGGUAAUUACUCGUUUAUAUGUGAUCCGACACGGGGAGACCGAGUGGAACCGGGCGAGAAUUAUCCAAGGUCAAGCUGAUUCCCAGCUCAAUGAUCUAGGAGAAAGCCAGGCCGCUAUGACUGGAGAAGCGUUGAAGGCAAUCCAUUUCGACAAAGCUUUCACGAGCGAUCUUUCAAGAGCUUCCAAGACGGCUGAGAUAAUUCUGCAGCAUCAUCCCGAAGUCAUCUUGGCGAAAGAUCAAGCUCUGAGAGAGAGGUUUAUGGGGAAGUUACAAGGAACAAAGGGACCAGCAAACCCAAACGAACCUUCCCUUGAACCCAAGGAAGCCAUGCUCGAACGAUCCGUCGGGUGGUAUAAUCGCGAGAUUGUUCCAUACAUCUCAUCACUUGCCGAAAAUCCUGACGGAAGAUGUCGGAACAUUCUGGUUACGUCUCAUGGAUGGCUUAUAAGUUCAUUUUUCAAGUUCAUGAUAACGACUGGGGUAUUAGAGUGCACCGAGGAUCUGUUAGAAGCGUCACCGAAAAUACCUAAUGCUAGUUUAUCAGUGGUGGAAUAUAGGACAAUCGGAUCUGGAUCAGAACAGAGGAUUGGGUCUACUGUUGUCCAGUACGGAGAUGCCUCACACCUAACCGGGACGCAAAUUCUGCUGGACAACGCAGAUAUAGAUGCCCUUAAAUCGUGAUUACCUUGAUGUUGACACAUACCAACUUAGAUGACGUUUUUCAGUUUGACCUUGAGACCCGCAAAGUGUUCAUCUUCGUCGUGGCGGUUCACGUCCUCGUAUUCUGGUACAGCUACUACGCGAAAAUGUCGAUGCAUGAACAUCCAUGAUCAGAGCUGAUACUUGUUAGGAGGCGAGAAAUUGC